AUGGACUUCGCUGAGGACCGCUACCUCGAGCAAAAAGAUUUAGAGGAGCAGAGAGGGGAUGCGGGUGUUUGUGACGGCCUGGGCUAUGGGACGGGCACAGCAGUCAUGGGUUUGCUUGUGCCCACUUAUCCUCAACCAUUGCUUCACAGAGAGACGUGGGCAGAUAGGCAGUUUCUGGGCAGGUGCCAAGAUGCAGAUGGGCAGAGCAGCGAAUUGAAUGUUUGUAGCAGAGUGGGGGGGGGGCACCAUAGUCCAGAGAUAAGGAGCCUGCUGCUUAAACUGACACCUUUCCUGAUCUCCUGCAUUUUGUAUUUUGCCCUGCUGCUGCCUGAGCCCAGCGUACUGAGCACUGUUGUCAAGUGCCUCCCAACUCUUUCCCUGGCGUACUUCGUGGCCAUCCAGGCUUACGGCACGGAGGUCUGGACACCCUACGCCCAGCGGAUAUUUCGAGGGCUGCUCUUCUCGGCAGUGGGAGAUCUUUGCUUGGUGUGGCCGAAGCUUUUUGUCCUAGGAAUGGCCGCCUUCGCCGUCUGCCACAUCUUUUACAUUUCCGCCUUUGGCCUGCGUCCCUUCCGGCCGCUCACCUUGCUCCUCCUCGUGGGGCUGGGGGCUGCUGUCUACAUUUAUCUCCUGCUGCCCUGCCUGACGGGCCCGUACGUCUGGGCCGUGGGGGCCUACGGGGGUCUACUGUGUGCCAUGACCUGGCGGGCUCUGUCUCGGCCCGCCCCUCAGCUGAGUACCUCCAUGGGCAGCGGCCUCUUCCUUGUGUCCGAUAUUUUUGUCGCUCUCGAUAAGUUCUGCUCCUCGCUGCCUCAUGCUCGCAUCCUUAUCAUGAGCACCUAUUACUCCGCCCAGGCUCUUCUCGCGGUUUCGGUCGCAUCUCAGAAUAAUCACUGGAAGAGGAGCUGA